GGUUCAGUGCAGUGCAGCGAGCGCGCUUCAACUGCUAACAUAUGAUUAGAGGAGACAUCGUUUGCUCGGAAAGCUCUUCGGACGUUACGUUUUUUCGUGCGCUUACAACUUCGUGCAGAAUUCAAGAAUAGCUGGUUGAAUUUGUCCUGUGUUGUGUGCUCCCUGUCUUUCAUCUCACCAACGGUUUUUUUUAUUUAACUUCGAAAUCGAGUUUGGGUUGAUCCUCUUUUUCUUUAUUCAGGACUGAAUACUUUUUGCUCUAAACUAUACCAUUUUCUACAAGCCUCUCAAGCUAAUUGCACGGUUCUUUACUUUCUUCAGUUUUGUCAAGAUGUGUUAAUUAAAUUUGGUUAUUGAAGUGAUUUAUUGAUUGGAACUGUGAAAUGUUCAUAUUCAAUGGAUGGGAAACUGGAGGUUGGCGCUAGAGAGCAGCAGACCAGCAUUGAGCAGCUUGACAACGCAUGGCAUUGCAGCUCUCGUCAGCCGCAGAAGCAGCAGCAGCAGCAGUAGCAGCAUUGGCAGCUCUAGUCUCAGCCAGCGAUCGUGACCCGCCGACAGGCCGCAUGACGCCUUCUACACGCCUCAGCGAUCUGCAGCUGCGUUUCACACGAGAUCUGCCCGAAUGGAGACGGACCAAGCAUCACUACCUCUGUCAACGGACACAGUUACCUUACAGAACAAUAAACGCUUUGAAACCGACGAUCAUGACGACGAAAGUGUACCGCUCAGUGGUGUGUGUGGUGACAAUGUAAGUGGUGAGUCGCGUGUGUGUCGCUCGCCAGUCGCUGCGAUCCGCGCCGCCGAGCGACCCAAGAAUGUGCGCAUCUCUUCGUCCGCUUCCAGCCUUAUACUUUCCUCGCGUCGCGGAUCCAUCGUUUCGCCUACGAUCGGCGAGUCUAAACUAACAGGUCACAAGCCAUUAUCGAAUGGCAAGCCAAGCAGCGGCGGUCACCAUGUACAGUUCCACCAUAGCACAGCAAACGGCAACGUCACCUCGUCCGACGCGUCCGGGGGCGGUGCGGGGGCGGGAGGGCCGGGGGCAGCCUCCUCCAACUCCUCUUCCUCCUCCUCCUCUGAUGACGAUGACUCUUCUUCGGGUCAGUUCUCGGAGGCGCGCGCCCCCGACGGCGGCUGGGGUUGGAUUGUUGUGUUCGCUGCGUUCAUGGUAAACCUUAUCGCCGAUGGAGUGACGUUCUCGUUCGGGGUGAUCUUCGUCGAGUUCCUUCACUACUUUGGCGAAGGCAAGAGCAAGACGGCUUGGAUUGGAUCACUAUUCAUGGCGAUGCCGCUGCUGUCCGGCCCUGUUGCCAGUUUUCUCACCGACCGCUAUGGCUGUCGCCGCGUCAGCAUUGUGGGCGGAGUGCUGGCUGCAACCGGUUUCAUCAUCUCCUCCUUCUCCAACUCGAUGGAGAUGCUUUUUCUGACAUUCGGCGUCAUUGCCGGUUUCGGCCUGUCGCUCUGCUAUGUUGCAGCCGUUGUCAUUGUUGCCUACUAUUUCGACCGCAAACGCUCCUUUGCCACCGGAUUGUCUGUCUGUGGCAGUGGAAUCGGGACGUUCGUGUUCGCGCCGGUGACCCAGUUCCUGCUGGGAGAAUACGGGUGGCGAGGCACCACGCUCAUCCUGGCCGGCUUCUUCCUCAACCUGUGCGUGUGUGGCGCCCUCAUGCGCGACCUCGCCUGGACCAAGGCUAAUGCGCAGAAGAACCUGCGCAAGCGACGCCGCAGACAGCAGCGCAUGCGCGCCAACACUGAUGACUCAGGCUCGGUGAACAGCGCUCCAGGUGGCGGCGCUCAACAACUGCCCGCCUCUGUGCCCAGUGUCGACGAGCUCAGGCGGUUGCUGCAGAGGCCCAGUUUCGCCUCUCCAACCGACUCGACGACGGACGACGCUGUGCUGGGUGGUGGCGGUGCUGGCAAAGGCCAGGACGAGGACUGCGAUGGGGGAGGAACGCAGCGCAUGUGCUCAUCGCUGGUGCACUUGCCCACAUUCGUGCGCAACGGCGAGCGAGUACCAUUAGAGGUGCUCGAGAAGCUGGCCUUGCAGCGGCAGCUCUACGCACUGCUUCUACACAACUAUCCAUCGCUGCUCAUCUCAUCGCGUAGCUUCAGCGAUAGCGGUGCGCUCAGGGAGGGCCUACAGAGCAGUCCCAGUCACUGCGGAACCGGCAACGACCUGCUAGGAAGGCUGGUGUCGAACAAAGACCACCCUCUCCCUCCCCCACUGCCCCUCACCGAGAAGCUGCUCUCAUCGGGCGGUGAGUCGACCACUCAGGCUGAGGUGACCAGUCCCUCCUCGGAGGACCAGUCGCCGGACAAGGCAGGCGACGCUGAGGAAGUGACCUGUCCCUCCGCAGAAGACCAGUCACCGGACAAAGCAGGUGACGCUGAAGAAGUGGGGUCAGGCAACAGGCAGCGAGGCGACAGAGAGGGAGCGAGCCGUCACGAGGAUGGGUCGAGCGUGUUCGACGAGGCACCCACCUCGCAGUCGCAGCACUACACCAACCAGCUCUGGAUGCUCAAGAAACAUCACAAGAGUACAAAGCAGCUGCCGACCGCCGCUUACCUCAAGGAUCUGCGUAUGCACAGGCAUUCACUGACAUACCGCAACGCGAUGCUGAACAUCAACAGGUACCGACUGAGGGCGUCGUCUUGCCCCGACAUUUACAGAAACUCCAUGACGACGAUAGCCAAGGAGAAGGCUGAAUGGUACGCGGGACUGUGGGAACUGUGGUUCCUGCUGACGGACAUGCUGAACCUGUCGCACUUUGCCAACGUGCGCUUCCUGCUGUUCGCCAUCUCCAACUUCCUGCUGUACACGUGGUACGACGUGCCCUACGUCUAUCUGGCCGACAACGCCCUCGAGCUCGGCUUCACUGAGACUGAUGGCUCCUAUCUUAUCAGUAUUAUCGGCAUUCUCAACAUGCUCGGCGAGAUAGUGCUAGGAUGGGCCGGCGACAAGCCAUGGGUGAACCCUGGCAUUGUGUACGCAAUCUCGAUGGCACUCUGCGGCGUGUUCGUGGCACUGGUCCCCCUGCUGCGCAGCUUCAGCCUGCUGGGCGUGGUGUCGGGUGGCUUCGGCCUCUUCAUCGCCGCCAACUACUCUCUCACCUCCAUCAUACUCGUCGAACUCAUCACGCUCGAGAAGUUCACCAACGCCUACGGCCUCCUGCUACUUGUGCAGGGCGUCGCCAACCUCGUUGGCCCUCCGCUAGCAGGCUGGCUGUACGACAUCACUGGAAGCUACAACCUGUCGUUCUACCUGGCGGGGAUAUUUAUCGCAUUGUCGGGCGCACUGUUGGUAGUACUGCCAAUCGUUGAGAAGUUCCGUCGGUGGCGGCAGGGCAGCCAACCAUCAGACAAGGAGACCGAGCGGAUAGCCAAUCACGUUUAAGUUUCUAUUUUAAAACAUUUCUAGUACCUAAAUAGAUCAUUAUGACAGUAUGAUUUCUCUGCAUGCGAGGGAUUGUUAAUUAGAUUAAGCCAUUACAUAGACAGGACAAUCUACUAGUAAAAAUAUGCUCUAUUAAAUAAUUAGUAUUGUUGAACAGACAUCGUGGUAAGUUAUAUUGGCUAGUGAGAAAUAAUAUUAGUAGGAAUAUAUUGGAGGAAGCCAGUGCUAUCGAGCCAACUACUAGUAUUGACAAUUUCUCUCUAUAGUUUAUUUGUAUAUUUACAAAACAAUAAUUAUAUUAUUAUGUUCCAAGUAAUGUACAAUAAUUUUAAGUUGCUUCUUUAAAAAUAUUUUAUCACCUAGUUUUAUUUCAUCACUCUCUCAAAGUGAUUUGUUAUUCCAUUUUCAUGCCAUCAUUUCUACUAAGGUAGGGUAAUUGGUUUGUUUUAUGCUUAGUAACUUGAAGGCGAUUUCUGUCCUGCUCAUUGGUCAGUUUUCAAUGUUAAUUUUAUGUAGAAGUUUAUUUGAAUUCGCUUCCAAGUGGAUGUAAUUGUUAUAAUCUUGAUAAAAUAUUAUUUGAAUGACGUUCACUAGGAUGUUUUCACUAGUGAGAAAAAUGAUUUGAUUUUAAAUUAUUUGUUCGCCUACAAAUGACGCAUGACCUUUACCUUAACACUACCCUAAAUAUAAAAAAGAGAAAGGGUCACUGAUUUUCAGAAAUGCUUACUGGAUCUUCAAGAUGAGAUCAGAAAUUCAAGACAACGAAGUUUCUUGCCUUUGAAAUUGCUAUAAUGGUAGCAUGAUUUUUCCAGUGACUCAGCGCCAUCUUGGAUUUUGGCUCCCAGUUCCAUCUUGAAGAUACAGUAAUAUUUUGUGUGACUCAGUGUCCGUCCUUCCGCUCUCUCAAUUUCAUUUAAAACGAUGCAACAGAGAUGAUCCAGAGAUGAAAAUUAACUUGAUUUUGCGCGAAUGCAUUGUGACUUAUGCUCCCUCAGAUUCAUUACGAAGAUAUAGUGAGCAUUGAAAGUGAACGGUAAAAGGCAAGUGCUGCCUGGUCAUGAGAUCGAAUCGCGACGUGCCAUGGAUGUUGGAUUUAUCUCACCUCAUUACCCAAACACAAGUAAAAUACUAGUAAAAAAUGAAUAAAUGUACCACUACACUAACAAAUAAAAGACUUUCUGAAGUCAGGUAGAAGACGUAUUUUGGAAAUGCUCAUAGAGAUGUGAAAUGUUAAUGGACAUAAGGCGAUUUCACUGAAAUUCGGAUGCCAGAUAUGCCACUAAUGGAUGCCACUAAUAAUACCAUGGAUAUAACAUAAUUUGGAUGCCACUCAGACAUAAAACUACUUAAUAUUGCAAUAUUCCCCUCAAUGUUUUUAUUUCCCCCUUUGUUUUCGGACCUAAAAUUUCAAGUUGGCUCGAUACACUGGUCUUUUAUAUUCAAAUCAAAGUGUUCUUUAAAUAUUUAAUUCAUUGACUAUAUUGAUAAUAUUUACUCGAGUUCAUUGACUAUGAUAUAAAUAUAAUAUUCAUAGGUAUUGUCGGUAGGUUGUACGGAGUAGAAGCGUUUCCAUUUUUACAUUACUUUAUAUGAGUUACAAAGAUUCUGCGGAUUUUAAUAAAACAUAUUUUUCCUUGUUCAUUGUUUUCGUGACAAUUGCAUUUCAAUUGAUUUUUGUUGAAAUCUUCAUUGUUUCAUAUUACAGUAUUGCAAAGUAUACAAAAAUAGAUGUAUACUGUAAUUAGUUGAAUAUUAAUUUAUACAUUGAAAGCCUUUAAUAGAAAGUUUAAAGAAUAUGCAUUGGACUUUAGGGAGUAGAAAACGUCUCUGGUAAUAUUUUAGCUCCCAGAAUAGAAUGACUCAUCAGUUGUGCCUUUUGUUAUAUGUGAAUGAAUCGAUCUUGUAUUAGUUCAUUUCCAUCUGUGAGCAGUUUAUCCAAUCGUAUGAGUUUUUGACGCAAAUAAUUUGCAUUUUUAUGGUACUGAUAUGAGAUUAUUAACUAAGAAAAUAUAAUAAUGUAGUUCUCUAAUAAUUAACUUACAAAACUUACAAAUAAAUUAGCAAUAUUGCAAUAAUUCUAUUUAUAUAGUUAGUCAGGCCCAUAUUCAGCUAAUAUUCAAGAUUAAUUCUCAAUCGUUGAAUAUUUUUUAUAUAUUGAUUUUGUUAUCUAAAUAUAUAAAAUAACCAAGGUCUUACAAGGUUUUUAUAGACCUUGAUAUUACUUUGAAAUUGAUUUUAGUUUCCACCUUGAUUAUUUCAUUUGUACGGCAACUAUUAAUUAUUCAAUCCCCAAAUGUUGCUGGAAAUCGUACCAUAUUUUCGGAUCAUCUUAUGUUAAUAACAGCAAAAUAGAAUAUUAUUUUAGAAAUAUAUAUUUGUAAAGUUUUCAAUUAUAUACAGUAUUAAAUCUGAAUAUGGGAUUGUCUAAAUCCAAUAAACGGUUCUCAAUUUGCCUUUUAGUAGAUUAUAGUGAUGAUAAACCGAUUUAAUAUUAUUAGUUAGUGAUAAGUAGCCUAUAUUAUUAUAUUGAAAACUAGUGGAAUAUGUAGGAAAAUCUAACAUUUUAUAGUAUCAAAUUCUAAACUCAUCAUUCAUAGGGAGUUCAAAUAAUUGAUCAACAUUAUCUUAGUCAAAAUAAUUCUACAAAAACAAUAACAUAUAUUCAAUAUUAAUAAUCUAGUUCGCUCCACAAUUUUAAAAUAGAAAUUGUAGUUUCAAUAGCAAGUUCAACUAAUACAAUUGAAAAUUUUAAAAUACUCUAAAUUCCUGCAACUCAACUUAAUUAUCAUUUGAGUCUUAUUAAUAGAACUUGAUCAAUAAAUAAAAUUUGCUCGAUAAAAUUUUGAACAAUCUAUUGAAUCAUUCGAUUAUUGACUAGGAUAGCUAUUAAAAUAAUAUAGUUUUUGCAGCGAAUUGCGAUGGUAUCGAAUUGAAUAAAGAGAACUGAUAUGAUUAAAAUAAAAUUCAAUUUAAUUUUUGGCCAAUGAACAAUGGUAUUCAUCUAUUAAUGAAGAGGUUCCUGUAGAGGAUUUUUCUCCUGAUAACACUUUAAUUGAAGAUCACUUGAUUUAGCUCUUGAGAUCAAGCAAGAUCUUCAAAUUAACAUUACCGGUAUUGUUACGAAACAUAUAUUGAAACGUACAGUAUAAUCGAACAGAAAGCUUGGAGUAUGUUUUCUUUGUAUUAUAAUUCUCUCAUUAUUACAGGUACCUUAAUUACUUCCCUUUUAGUGAUAACUAAUUUUAAAUAUCUAUCUGGGCUACCUGACUAUAUGUUUCUAAUGAAAUAUCAUUUCUCAAAACAUUAGAAUCCUGAACCUUGGUUUUCCAGGCCAGCUUUUUGUACUUGACAAUAAAGGCAGCUAUUAAUUUAAGCUCUGUACGAAAUAACUGUGACGUGAUAGAAAGAAUUACUGGAAUUAAUAACAAUUCUCACAUGGAAUAAGCAAAAAUUAUACACACGACACUUAUUACUGUUCAUUCAUUCUAUAUGAAUUGAUAAUAAUUGGUUAUUGUUUUAGUGUGACUAAAUAUUGAGUGAGUCAUGAAGGAAUUGUAGGCUUACAGUAUUGAAUGCUCAAAAUAUAGUUAUAAAAAUACUAGUUAACUAUUAAAAAAGCAAUAAAAUGUUAAAGUUUAUGCUUGAGUACUUUCUCUUUGUAGAGAAACUUCAUUUCUCAGCAAAUCACUUUCUCCUUAUAGUUUUCACAUCUUCGACGUUUCAAUGAAAAUAUUUCUUGUUAGAUCAGUUUCAUUUUUAUUCUUUCACUUUGAGAUUUUUUUAAUAAUUGAAUACAAGAACUUACUUAAAUUUCUAAGAACUUGAAAAAAAAAAUUGAAUGGUUUGUAUAUAGCCGUGUCCUCACUGAACAAAUGUUCGACAUGAAUGUACGGCAAACAUGUUUGUUGAGGGGCUCAGGGACAAUCAUUUUAAAAAGUUUGGACAAUCAUUGUUUGUAAACAAGAAAUUACUGUUUUUCCAAACAUUUUCAGUGUUUGCUGUAAAACAUAAAACCCUUUUCUCCCCACUUACAAAUAUUUUGUUUGGUGACGUGUCCACACUGGCCACGGGCAAUCAUUGUUUGUCAAACAUAAUAAAAUUUACCCAAACUGUUUCAACAAACAUGUAGGCCUUGUCGAAAAAUUUUUCAGUGCCGACACGGCUUAUUAAUUACAAGUAACUUCGAUGAAACAAAACGAUCUUUUGAAAUUGAUCUUACAAGAUAAAAUCCAUUCAGAGAAACAUUAUUAGUUGUCAUGAAUUGUUAUACAUUAUCACGUUCUUCUUCCAAAACACCUUGAUUAGUGUGUUAUAUUGUUAAUCCUAGUCAUAUGCAGUCAGUUUCAUUUUCUUGUUAAGCUUAGAGAACACAGGAGGCGCGCUGUGCAUGAGCCGUGCACGAGCCGCGCCCUUCUCAAACAGAGGCCGGCGUUUCCGGUGUGCGCAUUCUAAAUUACAUAGAUGCUAUGUUUCCUACCAGAGGCGCGCUGCGGUCUGCCUCCUGUGUGCUUUGAGCUUUACACCUUUCGCACAUCGGAUGAGACAAAACAUUUCUGUCAUAAGCUACUCUGAGUAUUAAAUAAAUUUAAUCGUUGGUAUUACUAAUUCAAUGUAAUAUAUUGAAUAUUACUAAGUCGAUUGUGUUUUGAAACAUUUUUUCAAAUUUUGGCCAGUUUUAAUAUUCCAAAUUAAACUGUAAGUACCAUGAUAAUUAGCCAACAUCCUUUAAUCGAUUAUUUGUUAUAUUCAAAUAAAAAAUUAUUAAUAUAAUAUCUAUUAAAUUUCAAUAAAUAAUUGCUUAUCAUUUUUGCGUGUAUUAAUAAUAAUGAAUUGAAAGAAAGUGAGAAUAUCUGACAGAAAUGUUUAAUUAUAUUAUGAAGGUGGCCUGUCUCAUUCGGUGUGCAUCUAUUAUCAUACAAUUGAAACUAUCCCACAGAACCUGCCCCUAUAAACAAAUAAAAUAAACGAGACCAAAAACGAACUGACUUUGAGCUGUUAAUUUGUAAGUUUAAUUCAUAGUACAAGUCUGAAAGAAGAGUUUAUAUAGAUUUAACAUAGUGAUAAACUUCGACAAAUGAAUAGAUUAACUUUACCUGUUGAACUUUGGUAUUUGGUAGAUAUAUAUAAUAACUUUUAUAAAGUGCUUACUCCUGUCUGGAAAUAUUAUUCAUAUUCUAGUAGUCUAUAUAAUAUUAUAGUAAAUUAUUCCCUACUAGAAAUAACCAAAGUUUCAUUAGUUCCUUCAUUUGAUUAUAUCUACCUUGAGAUUAUACAAAUAUGAAUUGUGUGUAAGUGUAUGUGUAGGAGGUUGAUUAUUCUAGAGUGUUCUAGACAGACAUACUUUUUUUACUUUUUGACCAUGUAUAUAAUAUAUACUAUAUUAAUUAUUUCCUGUGAUCAAUUACCAUAAGAAGUUAUGUGAGUGUAGAUUAUAUCGAGUUUUCUAUUUUUACUGUAGUAUUGUUCAAGUGUUCUGCGUCAUAAAACUCGUUUCUUGUAUUUUUUCUAGGAGUUUUGACAUCUUCCAUUUAGCAAGUAGCUAAGUUUACGAAUUUCAAUUAUAAUAAACAAACAGUUCUUGUUAAUGCCACCGUUAAUUAAAACAAUUGGCUACCAAA